AUGUUUACUAAUGUUUUUUAUCAAGCUAGUAAAAGAGUAUUUUCAGUUUUAAAUCAGAUGUUAGAAAAUAAAAGAAUAAGAAAAAAUUUUAAUGAAGAAAUACUUAAAACUAUAGUUAAUAAAAUAUUAGAAAAUUUAGUUGAAGAUAAUAAUCAUUUUGAUAAGAAUGAAAAUAAAGAUAAAAAUGAAAAUAAAGAUGAAGAUAAAAAUAAUAGGUUUGAUUUAGAUAAUAAAAAAGAUGAAACUAAUUUUAAUAAUUUACUUAUAGUAAAAUUAAUAGAUUUGAAUUUUUAUGAUAAUAAUGAAACUUAA